AUCGAACAGCUGUACCAGAAGAAGGCAGUGGAUUAUUGAGAUGUGAAGUAAAACCUCACCAUACAGCUGUUAUCAACCCCCUCCCCACACACACACACCCUGCCACCAGCAGCAGCAAAUACGGCUCCAAUUAUUGCAGGCUCAGCACUGAUUAGCGAAACUCGAGGACCCUUGAGGACUGCAGGGAAGGAGCUAUCCUUCGUAUCUCUGUCCGCAUGCCUGAGAUGCUGCAUUAGGAUCUGUGACAGCAUCACUACCAAUCCACUCCCACAACCAAGAGGAAAGGAGAGAAAGAGAAGCGCACACCCCGCUCACUCGCGAAGAUAAAGAAAUCGCAAGUCGCUGCCGCUGUCAGCGGUUGAUGAGUCUGCCUUGGAAGACUUGAACCUGCAACCCCUCGGCUCAACCUGAACAGCUUCGGAACCGGGCUUUUGACAGUCACCAUGAGAAAUGGGCCAGGCUUGUGGACAUUCUUUUCUGUGCCGUAGCCAACCGUACCAGCCCGCAACAUCUGAUAUAAGGGGGCAGCAAGUGUUCCUGAAAGCAGAUGAGCCCCAGCCACAUUCCGACGCCUUACAGGAUGCUCUGCUGAGCCUUGGCUCCGUAAUUGAAACCAGCUCCUUGAGAGAAGUCAUCAAGGAUGUACUGGAGGUGGUGCUCCCAAAAGUGGAGAGUGUGUUUAUCUAUGUCUUGGAUGUUGAAACCAACAGACUGCUUUGUGAAGACCCUCCCCAUGAGUUGCCCCCCGAGGGAAAGCUCAGAGAGGCAGUUAUUAAGAAGAGGAGGGUUGAAUGCAAUGGAGUGCCUCCAUCUGAGCUCCAAGAUAAGCAGCUGAAGAGCUUGGCAGCACCUCUUCCACCUGAUAAAAAGGUGUUAUUAAUUCCUAUUCUGGACCAAGAUAUUGGGGGAGUUCUGUCUGUCAUCUUGGUCUGCUGCAAGCAGCUGAGCGAAUUGGAUGAGCAGCACCUAAAUGUUCUGGAAAAGCAUAUUACAGUGGCUUAUAAGAGAGUCCACGUUUUGCAGAAGACUUCACCCUGGCCACAAGUCAACUUCCAUCAGACGCCAUCCCAGAAUUCCCUCAACAAAUCAGAGUCAACCCCUGGUGGAACUUACAAUGAAUUAGACCGCAAGAUUCUGCAGCUGUGUGGUGAACUAUACGACCUUGAUGCAGCCUCUCUCCAGCUGAAAGUGAUUCAUUAUCUGCAACAGGAGACCCAGUCACAGUGUUGCUGUUUGUUGCUUGUUUCAGAAGACAACCAUCAGCUGUUUUGCCAGGUGGUAGGAGACAAGGUUCUAGAAGAGGAAAUCAGCUUUCCACUGACAUUUGGUCACCUUGGACAGUUGGUGGAGAAGAAGAAAUCUAUCACCCUCCAGGACAUCAGUCCAGAGGAACUUCAGCAGCUGAACAGCAUGUUGGGAUUUGAAGCACACUCCAUGCUGUGUGUGCCUGUCAUCAGCAGAGCCACUUCCCAGGUGGUGGCCUUAGCGUGUGCGUUCAACAAGAUAGGGGGCCAACAGCACACAGAAGCAGACGAGCACAAAAUCCAGCAUUGUUUCUGCUACACUUCAACAGUAUUAACCAGCACAUUGGCAUUUCAGAAGGAACAAAAGUUGAAGUUUGAAUGUCAGGCACUGCUGCAGGUUGCCAAAAAUCUUUUCACACACUUAGACGAUGUGUCAGUUCUACUACAGGAGAUCAUUAUCGAAGCCAGAAACCUCAGCAAUGCAGAGAUCUGCUCCGUGUUCCUGUUGGAUAGAGUGAACCACGAGCUGGUUGCCAAAGUGUUUGAUGGUGGAGUGGUGAAUGAUGAGAAAGAAUUCCGGAUUCCUGCUGAUCAGGGAAUUGCUGGUCAUGUGGCUACCACAGGAAAGAUCCUAAACAUCAAAGAUGCCUACUCUCACCCUUUGUUUUACCGGGGUGUAGAUGACAGCACUGGGUUCAGGACCAGGAAUAUACUUUGCUUCCCUAUCAAGGAUGAAAAUAAUGAGGUUAUUGGCGUGGCUGAACUGGUCAAUAAGAUCAAUGGCCCCUGGUUCAACAGGUUUGAUGAAGACUUGGCCACAGCAUUCUCAAUCUAUUGUGGCAUCAGCAUUGCUCAUUCUCUGUUGUACAAGAAAGUCCACGAGGCCCAAUUUAGAAGUCACCUUGCCAAUGAGAUGAUGAUGUACCAUAUGAAGGUUUCAGAGGAGGAAGUGACGAAACUUCUGAAACACGGAAUCCAGCCUGUUAAUGAAAUCCAUCCCAACUUUGCCAAUUUCACUUACACUCCUCGGUCUUUGCCUGAUGAUAGCACUCCCAUGGGUAUUUUGAGCAUGUUUGAAGACAUGGGCUUUAUCAACAAUUACAAGAUCGACUUACAGACUUUGGCGAGGUUCUGUCUGAUGGUGAAAAAGGGAUACAGGGAUCCCCCCUAUCACAACUGGAUGCACGCGUUCUCCGUCUCUCACUUCUGCUAUCUCCUCUACAAGAAUCUGGAGCUCUCCAAGUACCUUGAGGACAUUGAAAUCUUUGCUCUUUUCGUGUCGUGUAUGUGCCACGACCUGGACCACAGAGGGACCAACAAUUCCUUCCAGGUGGCUUCGCAAUCUGUAUUGGCAGCCCUCUAUAGUUCCGAAGGCUCAGUUAUGGAGAGACAUCACUUUGCCCAGGCAAUAGCAAUUCUAAACACCCACGGAUGUAACAUCUUUGAUCAGUUUUCAAGAAAGGACUACCAAAGGAUGUUGGAUUUGAUGAGGGAUAUCAUAUUGGCAACAGACUUGGCACACCACCUGCGCAUUUUCAAAGACCUUCAGAAAAUGGCAGAUGUGGGUUACAACCCAGACAACAAGCAACACCACAACCUGCUGUUAUGCCUGCUCAUGACUUCGUGUGAUCUUUCAGACCAGACAAAGGGAUGGAAAACCACCAGGAAGAUUGCAGAACUUAUUUAUAAGGAGUUCUUUUCUCAGGGAGAUCUGGAGAAAGCCAUGGGCAACAGACCAAGUGAAAUGAUGGACAGAGAAAAAGCAUAUAUUCCAGAAUUGCAGAUCAGCUUUAUGGAGCACAUCGCUAUGCCUAUCUACAAGCUGCUCCAAGAACUUUUCCCCAAGUCAACUGAGCUUUAUGAACGAGUUUCAGCCAAUCGGGACCAAUGGACCAAGGUCUCUCAUAAAUUCACCAUCCGUGGGUUGCCUAGCAACAACUCCCUUGACUUCUUGGAUGAGGAAUAUGAACAACUUCAGGAGCAGGCAGGUGACACUCUGAGGAUGAACGGUUGCUUGGAAACUAAAGAAACCAUGGGAGUCAUUCAAGAAGGUUGUAUUUCAAAAACAAUUAGAAAUUAGUUAUAGACUCCUAGAGACUGUAUGUAUUUUCCAAUUCCAACAGUAACACCUUAUGUUUAAUAAAGGGAAUUACCUUUAACAUCAGAACAGUUUUGAUAUGCACUGCAUAGCUGCUUAAAAUACUGCUAUUGUAAUAUCCACAAAUUAAAGAUAAGAUUUUUAUUUCUGAGACCCUUUGUGCAUUACAUUAUGUUUCAUUACUGUGGGGAAAAGGUUUUAAAUCUGUUUAUUAAAACAAUGUAUGAGCUGUAAGUUCUGCUAAUACUAAAGUGUACUGUUGUUCAUUAGUAUAAUAACACAUUGUUUCAGUAAUGUGUGGUAAGCCCAGCUGUGUAAAUAUAAAGUGUUACUUUGUUCAGCUUUGAAAAGCCAAAAUGCAAUCUUCACAGAUUUCAUAUCCUUUUUUACAUAUUGAAAUUAGUGCUUGGAAGUGGACUUUAUUUUUAAAUUUGUCCACAUAUAUACAGUAUGUAUGUAUUAACCAUUUUUGUGAACCAGGAGUUCCCCAUGUUCAGAGGCAUUUACACCUCUGACUUACCGCAGAACGUAAUGCAGACAAGUCACACAGAUUCACAGUUUGUUGUAGCUGAAGUGAGAACUUCUUAAAUGUACUUAAGUCUAUUCACGAAGUAAUGAAACAACAUCAUAGCUCCUUCAUAUCAAGACCAAAACAUAAUAAAUCAACAUAGAUAAAAACACAUAAUAAAAUAAUUAUCAUAAGGCCAAAUAUAUUUACUUUUCUGUCCCCUUUAAUGUUUGUUUCAAUUUAUUAGAUUUUGUAAUACAGAUAUUACUAUCCACAGUUUUUGGUCAGUUCGGCUUUUUUUCCGUAUGCUGAAGCCAAUUGGAAGUUGGAGACUACGUCAGUGGCACAGUCUGUUUCUCCAUACAUUUUAAUGACUUUCUUGGUAAAUUAACAUCCCCUUAUUCAGUUUUUGUUCUCACUGUAUUUUGCUCUUUUGAUUGUAUUAUUUGAUUAUGUUUUACUUUUACAUCAGUGUCACACACACAGUUCAGACAUACUGAGACUGAUAUCACGCAUUGUUCUGUGAUUAUAAAAAUGCAUGUACAGAGCAGUAGGCCUAUUAAAACUACCUGCACAAUUUGCUUUCAAGGCUUUGACUUCUGACCACAGACAUGCCAUGCCUACCAUGGUAUAUUGAAAACCCAUCUCUGGGGACCAAAGGAAAUUGCUCAGAUACAGACGCACACAAAGGCACUUUCAAAGCACAUUAAAUAUUACAGAGAAGUGCUUCUAUUAGUAGAUAUAUGAAAAUAACUUCAAUUUUCCUAUAGAAUGGCAGCUGAAGAAGAAACAACUGUCUACCCUCAGAUGUUUGAGUUAUGAACAAGGUUUAUUUAUUUUUUAAAAAGCUAAUGAUGACAGCUAUCUGACAUGAAUAUCAAGCAGCAGAUGGAAAUCUCCCGGGUUCAGGUAUCUGUGGCAAAAUGAAUCUUCUAGCAGUCCAAGCUGGAACUGAACUGAACUGCAUCUUGGAGACAGGUAGUUACAGAAUAUUUCCAUGCUUGAAAAUGAAGCUGUCUCCUCCAGUGAGAAUUAACAGAACAAAGAAACACUAAUUGAGAACUUUAACAUAUUUCUUUUUGGCUUUGAAAAUGUUCACAGAUUUCAUAUAAUUUUUUCACUAUGCUGAAAAUGUUAUUGCAUUUAUUUGUUAAAAAUGCCUUAUGUGCUACAUUUGGGAGGAAAAUUAUACUCCUACAUUACAGAUUGAAAGCAAACAUUUGAAAUGAAAUAGUACCAAUUACAGUAUGUUUCUUCUCCUUGGGGUUUCAUUAAUAUCUGAGUGCAUUAGAUAUGAAUGAAUUUGUCUAAUUCGAAGAUCAGCUGGUUUCUAUAAAAAUGUAAAAUAUUUCUAUACUCCCAUGCUAAAUACUAUAUAAUAUCUGAGUGCAUUAGAUAUUAAUGAAUUUGUCUAAUUGAAAGAUUAGCUGGUUUCUAUAAAAAUGUAAAAUAUUUCUAUACUCCCAUGCUAAAUAAUGUAUGUGUGGACAAAGCUCGCAGUGUGUUUUUAUUUAAAUACUGUAAAAAAAACUGUAGAGCCCCAUUUUAUUUUUUUCAACAAUUGUAUUAAAUUUUCUUCCCUUAUUUUGUGAGACAACUUGUGAGACUAAAUAUCAGACCAAAUCUAUCCCUUUAAAUAUACCAACCAACAUAAUAUAACAGUAAAUUUAACGAAGGUGUAUAUUAACCCAGGGCACAAUGUUUUGCAGUGUGUGCAAUUAAUAUAAGUAUAAUAUGUAAGUCUGUGGAAUCAAAGACAAAAGAAUGUAGCAGUUUGUGUAUUUGAGUAAAAUGUGGAAACUAUUCCCAUUAAAAAUAAGUUUUUGUAAAUGUGUGAGUGUAUAUAAAUACAUUUCAAGGGUUUUUUAAAUAAGGGCUACUGGCCCUUUAAGGCAAUUAAGAACCCUUCCAGAAUGUGUAUAUUAUUGAUUUUGCCUUACCGUAUCUGAGUUGCCUUUAGAGAAGACAUGUUGUAUAAAUAUAUCUACAGUUUCUAUGUUUAUUUUUACAGUGGUAAUGGACAGUGCAUGCCUUUUUUUCUUGCCAAUCUCCUGAAAUAUUCAGUAAAGCUGUUAUUUUUUACAUAGCUGCUCAAUUAAAUUAUUGUGCAGAAACCGAGUAUUGUAGAUAAUUAUACCUAUUUAAAUACAGACUGUUCACAGAAGAAAUAUUAGGUCAGCUUUUAAGGGGUUGUGUAUUAUUUAGUUUUGGUUUAGUUUUUGCUUACAUACAACAUUACUAAAUGGCAGAAAAGUGCCAAACCAAAACAACAGUUAAAGUAUGUGAUCAUGGGCUAAUACUAUUUCCAUGCCUAAAUAAAUUGUUAACUCCUUGAAUAUUUUUAACUGAAUCAUGACCCAUGGUGUCAAUUUAAUCAUGUUAAAUGUGUGUUAGUGUGUUAAAUGCCACCUGGGAGAUGCAGAUGUGACUUUAAAAUCCUUUCAGAAUACAAGUCUGUUUGAAGCACUCAGACAUUUGGCCUCUGUAAAUAUCAGUGAUAACAUUGAUAACAAUAAAGCCUGUGUUCUGUUAAAAGAUGUUCCUAUUAUAUGCUCCCUAAACUCUCCUGUAACCUAUUGCUGAGCACUAGUUUCUGCCUACAAGAUUUUGUGUUCCUCAGACUAGACCCUGGUCUUGAACCCUUUCAUUCUGCAGCCUGAAACUUGACUACUUUCUGUUUUUGCUUUUCACAUUCAUAUUAAGACUAAACUCUGUUCCUUUUCUUUCAUCGUAACUUUAGUUUGUAUAACAAGAUGUUCCUGCUUCGAGGUGUUUACUGAAUAUAUUCCAACUUACAUUUUCUGAGUUUAUUCUCUUCUAUAUAUAGUAUAUAUAUAUUUACAUUAAUGAAAUCUCCUGAGGUGCUUUUGUAUACAUGUACCUCUCCUUUGUUACACUAUUUCACCUAAAAAUAAACGUACCAACCUUGGACCCAUUUUGUAAAUGGUUAAUUCUGGCCUUCACUGUAUAUGUAGUUGUUGCUAGCAGCUGAUUUGUAAAUAUGAAAAUUAAAUGUUUUUCAAACAUGUUAAAAAAACUAGCAAGCAAGGAGAUGAAUUUACUCAUUGUAUAAAUUUGUAAGUGCUUGAAGUGAAUGUCAAUUAUUUCAGAAUUUUCUUAAUGUUUUGUUUACCUGAAAAUAUUCAAAUAUGGUAACCUGUCAUAAAACAUGGAAUUAAGAACACUGUUUUUAUGUGAGGUGUAGCCUUUUUUAAUAGAUGUAUUUGGGUGGCAUAAUUUUGUAUCCCACUUGAGUUCCUGACGGAAUAGAAGCAUGUCAGAAACCCACAAGAAAGAUUUGCUUCAGGGUUGUCUCCAGAUUGGAUUUAAUUAAACUUUAUCUUAAAGAAGCAGCCAAAUAAAAAAGAAAACACGUGAUUUAGUUAUAUAACUGCAUAAGUUGUAAAUUUCUUUUUUCUCUGUCCUUGUGUUGUCAUUUGUACAUAUCUCUGUAGAUACUGUAAAGGGAGUCUGUAUUGGAUCAUUUCAUUGCCAUGUUAAGGACUACAUUCUCAGAGAGGUGCACAAGCUGUGGGAUACAUGUCUUCUGAGACAGAACAAAGGCAGAGGCAAAUGAAUUUUUAUCUAAAUAAAUUUCAUACAUUGAA